AUGGAAAGCAAACAUCUCUGCCUAAACUGUCUGCAUAAAGUGGCCGCUCCAUCACCCCUAACGCCCACUCAAUCGCCAGAUAUCCGGGCUUGGAUCAGACAGGAGGUGGCCCAGGGCAUCUCUGAGGCCAUGGAGUCAAGUAAGCGGUCCACGAAAAGGCCUAGACAGAGACAAGUUUCCUCAGAAUCAUCAGCCUCAGAUUACCAGGACCCUGCUGAAGAAUUUCAGAUUCUAGACCAGGUUUUUUCUAGUGAAAACGAAGAAGAGUUUGUUUCGGAAUAUCUAGACG